UCGCUGACUCUUCAGUCUCGCGCUUGUUGUCGGCAACGCCGGCCGCUUGUUUUCUCGUGUGCGCUCUUCUUUUUUUUUUCUCCCGAUUUCUCUCAAUAUCUUUCGAGUUGGAUGUCUCGUUCGUUUACAACGACACUUGUCUUGACGUGUGUUCUCAAUUCUGCCCUCUUUGUCCCCGAUUGAACGAUACGGACAAAGAAAAAGAGAUAAAAGAAUAUCGCGGCCGUUAAAAACUUUGAAAGCCGUUCGUUAAAAACAAACAAACAAACCAUCCAGUGAAAUUCCAUAUUUGCAUGUUGUGUCCGUGAGAAAAGAAGUUGUUUUUUUUUUUGUUUUUCCGCACAGGAAUCUGCCAUCAGAUACAGAUAUACGAAGGAAUCGUCGCCGUUUGUGUUUUUUCCAUUGCGAUCCCGUUGUCACCGGUUGCGGUAAACAAGCGGUGGGGGGACAGAGUCGAACUAGCUGACGAUGUGAAAUUCAAGCCACCGUGGAAUGGAUAAAGAACCGCCCGAUCAGCUGAUGACAAAUUGCAUCGGAAUCAUCUGGUGACUGAAUUACAGCUGAUUGGACUGUCAUCGCAGUAGAUUCACAGAGUCGGAUGCGGAAACGCCGUACUUUCUCGCUCGCACGGAUCGGCCUAUGGCCGUCCAAGCACCAUGAAUCAAGUUGCACUCGUUUGUCGAUUGGUGCUGCCAUGAAACACUCACGAGGUGGAAGAAGCUCUCGUCUCUCGCUCAUGUUGUUUGUUUUCAUCAUUUUCAACUCAGUCUGGAUCAUGACUGCUGGAGCUGCUCCAGUCACGGCCGUAUCCAGCCACACUGGCAACGGUGCCGUUUCACGCACUCCUCUAAGUCGCUGCCCUGCCAUCUUCAACCCAAUGGUUGCGAAUAUCAAUGCCGGUAGUGUUGGCAGCUCGGAUAAAAGUAGCGAAACUGGCAAAAGGAAAGCAACGGAAUCGUCGUCGUUGCCGUCGUGUCGCAUCUUCCUCAGAGAGCGUUUUGGAACUUUGACGACGCCUGGCUUUCCAUCAGCUUUUCCCGUGCCGUUCACCUGCAGUUGGAUAAUCGACGCGACAGGAUUCGAACCGGAUUCGUUCAUCACUCUCUACCUGACGCAAAUGUAUCUGACUCGAGGCGUCAAAGCUGUCCAGUAUACGUUCAAUAACACGACACACGCCAUCGGUCGCAAGGACUUGGACGAAUUGCAUACAUUUCGUCCGCGUCCAUAUUCAGUCUACAGGAUUAAAGCUCGAUACCUGGAAGUGCAAGUGAACCUGGACGAGCUGGUGAACGCCAACUUGCGUGUUGAACGCCGGCUGAUGGACGUUUACGGCUUCAAUAUUACGUACGAGAUUCAGCCGAACGGUUCGCGUAUCCGCACCGAUACGUGCAACGUAGCCAACUGUACUUUUAACGGCCAUUGUUACGCCAAUCACAAUUACAGCCAAUUUCAAUGUUCUUGCCUACCGGAUUUCUCCGGCAAAUACUGCCAGUACGGUCCGGAAUGCAAUCCUGAAAAGGGCAUCAAUGUCUGCAAAAACGAAGGCGUUUGCGGAUAUCGAACCGGUGUGACGGUCGUGCGUUGCAGCUGCCCACCUAAUUACAACGGAAGUCUGUGCGAGUUCCGGCGUGAAUUCAUUCCAGCCAAAGAGUGCCUUUCCAAGUUCCGGUUGAAUUGCAGCCACCAUUGCGUCAUAACAGACAAGGGUACAGCCGCUUGCCGCUGCCCGCAACAUCAGGCCUUGAGAUCCGAUAAUUUGACGUGCUACCCGUUAGUGCCGCUGAGAAUUCUGGGACAUGUCGAACUGGAUAGACCGUCUUCAUUCAACGACACCCGUUUAGUAGAUGCUGUUACAUCCGCGUUAAAGAAAAUGGCCGAAGAAUUCACGGCAUUUCUCUUGGUAGUCGGUUCCGUAAAUCUCGCUGGACCCAAUUCUAAUCGGCUUCAAUUCAUUCUCUGGAAUUCUGAAAAAUACAAUAUGAGCUGGACAAAUGUAGCACAACAGCACGGUCCGGUGAUGGCGGCUGCCAGAAGCGGAGCUGUUGCUUCGAUUCUAAACCGAUCUGCUACCGGAUACGGAUUUCCUUGGAUUGGUGGCAAGAAAAGAAUGCCACGCAAUGUAGCACCAUUCACUUAUAUUCCACAACAAUGGAAUAACUCCUUCACGUCCUUCAUUCAUCAAAUCAACUCCAGGAUAUGGAAGGUGCAGGGUGAAUCAAUCGUCAUUCGAAACAUCAGUAUCGUCCAAGUUCCGGCUUUGAUUAUCGAGUGGGUAAAAUUGGAUGUCAAAGGCCAGGUUCGUGAAGGUUAUCCUUUCACAGUGGCAUGCAACGCCAACGGUUCGGGCAAGAAAGAUUUGAAAAUGGGCUGGUACAAGGAUGGCCACCCGAUAGAUGAUUCGUUUGCACUCCAGCGCAACAUGUCCAUUUUUGUUCAUCAACAACAGGACCUGCGUGGAUUUUUCACGCUUUAUUUGGAAGUGAAACAAGCAUCCUUGUUCGACCGUGGUGAAUUUGAAUGUCGGGCCAAGGAUUGGGGACAGACCGCCCGCAAGAGCGUCUUUCUCGAUGUCAUUACGCCACCGAUUCUCGAUCUGAUGCCCAUCAAUCCUGUUGUUCUUCUGGGUGCGGCAGUGAAUUUGACGUGCCGUGACGAGAACCAUCUGGCGCGACGAUCAACCACAAAGUACGUCUGGUUGAAAAAUGGCCAGCCCAUCGAAUCAUCGUGCGAAGAAAUCAUCGAAGACUUGACACCAGUCGGCAGUCUGUUGAAAAUCACUUCGAUCCAGCUUAGCACCAAUUACACAUGCCGAGGGGAAAACGGAACGAAGGUUGUCAACAAGACGACGCAAAUUUUUGUCACCAGUCAAGAAAAAGCCUGUCCUCAGCAGAAAAGCCAAGGUGUCGUAUGGCUUAGGACGGCCGUUGACAUCACCAAUUACCAGUUCUGUCCUGCUGGAUAUGUCGGUGUGGCCAAGAGACAUUGCUUCGCUGUAAAAGAAUUGCCGGGCGACGGUGGAGAGGCGCUUCCAGCAAUACGAAAGUUCUGGAGCUGGGGGGAGCCAGAUUUUUCCAAUUGCAGCGAUCGUGAACUCACUGAAAUAUACCGGCAGUUAAAGUUGAUCACUUUGGGCUAUGUCGUCACUGACGUCACAUCCAUCAUAAAUAAGUUUGCCGAUUUCAUCCAAUUGAAAUUGAAAGGUAUCAAUCGACUCGCCAACCCGAAAAAAACACUGAACGAAGAAGCCACCCCAUCCCCUUAUCUACCUGGCGAAGGAAAUGCGUUACUGGAAAUAGCCAUGAGUCUUGAGACUUUUCUUUGGAGAAGGACAGAAGUCUUAUCGCCCUCGUUCUGGAAUUCGACUGCUGUUCGUUAUUUAUACGCUCUCGACGCUCUAUUGUCCAUGCCGCCAGACAUUUUCCAUUUGGAUAGUUCAUUGCCGAUCCUGCGUUUCAUUCAGAAUCACCUAACUCUUCUGGGCAUCAGUCCUAAAGGCGGAGACCUCAUUGGCAGUAUUGAAUCGCAUUUGCUGAAGAACAGCGAUUUUGACGCUGAUUAUGAUAGGAAACAGUUCAAGUACAAAGGACUUUUGCCAGUUUCGCCAAGCCAAACAGGAUUCAAGAACCUCAGGCAACUGGCACCAGCACAGUUCUUUCUCAAUAAACCAAACGGGUACAACAUUUCGAUUGAUUUUCAUUCAAUAGAACAACUGCAAAUCAAAGGAGGCGAAUAUCUUUGCGCCCUGUUGCCACUCCAACCAACAAACCAUUCCCAAGGAUGGGACAUGGGUUCUUGUUUCAUCGAACGGUUGUCCGAUCCGGCUGCCUUCCGUUGCCAUUGCGCCCAUCAAGGAACUGUCGUUCUACUCUUCGCCGUAAGAGAUAUUGAGGAAACAGAGAAUUCGGUGGUAAACUUGUGGAAAGUCAUUUACUUUGCAGCUUCAGUUAGCCAUUUAGCCGUCGUUUUUGGUCUCGUGACUUUAUGUGCCAUGUGGUACCAACGGCGUUGCGUGUGGCUGUGGUUUCAAAUCCAAGUUGGAGUUUCACUUUUGCCGCCAUCGUCGAUAUAUUUCCUGCAAACUAAUGUCGUGCCCAAUCCUUUCUUGACUAUUCUGCUGACUGCAGCGACAUAUCAAUACGCAGCCACUGUUUGGGCCAUGAUUAUGUACUUGAAGAUGAGCGCCACUCAAGGUCCUGUAGAACAGGCGACGGCGGGUAAAAUGAGUCACAAUAAUAUCAGACUAGUCGGUUUGUCGUUAGGCGUUCCAUUGACGUUAUCAGGGGUCCAGACUCUCAUCAAGGAAUUCUCAGUUGGUACGCCUUCCACCAGCUGGAUUUCCCAGCUCACCUCCUUCUCUGGGAUCUUUUUCUCGUUGGUUUAUUGUACUUUGUUUGUCACUGUCCUAUCGCUCUACGUCACAUCAACAAGGGAAACAGAUGAUUCGGUUGAAAAGUCCAACACUUUCACGAAGAACGUACCUCGCGUGAUGGGCAAUAAUGUUCGGUACAGCCAUUGUUGUCCGAUACUUGCCCUGCUGGGUGUAAUGGUCACUGGAUCCAUGUUAUGUCGCUUCCACUGGUUGUCACUUAGCACCCACUGCGUCGCCGCGUUUUUACAUCUGGUAGCUGUCUUGUUGGCGAUCGCUGUGAUGUUUACUUUUAGCGGCGCAAAUGAUACCUUCGUUUACUGGUGUUUCUGGCGUCGGAGGAAAUUACCCGAGGGUGAUACAGUGAGCGAGUUGUUAAACGCAACAACGAUGGUCGAGAGCCCACAACGAAAAAGCUUGUUGUCGACAGAGCAACAUCCAUCAGAAGGACUAGAGAUUUCCAACAGGACAAGGCAGACAAGUCGGCCUAGCUUGGAGGGUACACCAUUUCCCGUGCCUAAUGGAACAAGAAGAUUUUAUCGUUCCGGUCCGGCUUCGUCUCCUUUGCUUCAGCGAGCUGGUCUAGGUCCCGACGUAGUGCGAGCGUUUAGCUUGGAGCAAGAAUCUGGCCACCAAUUGCUUGGCAAUGCUUCAACAGGCCGUCAAUCUGACAUUUCACCCGCAAAGAAUAUCAUUGGACAUGAAGAUCUGACGAAAUCCAAUAGGAAUCGAAUAAACUCCACCACAACUUCAGAUGGAAUGCAGCCAGACGACCUGGAUUCAGGAUUUGGACCCAGUGGUGGAGGAGGAAGUCAAAAAUUUUAUGGAUUGGAUAAAUUCUCCGACGCUUGGAAGUUCCUUGGCAGGAUUCGUUGGAAGCUGCCGCAAUUCGGAUUCAGUUCAAAUGGCAGCACUAGCGGUGGAGGUUCGUUCCGCUCGCGACAAAGCACGAUGAGUAGCGCCACUACGGCCGAUUUCGGUGGUGAACGAGGCGGUAGUGUGACAACAGAAGAGACGGAAAUUCCGAUCCGGGAUGCUGAAGACCUCGAAUCAUUGACGGCUCCUUACAGACUGCGACGGUCAAGGACGCGCUGGUCUGAAGACUACGGCCAAGGAAACGAGCUUGAUUGCAGCGAAGUCAGUAAUCUGACUUUAAAAGCCAAGCCGUUUAGGGGUCGCUGUUUCAUUCGUUGCUCGCCGGAAAAGAACGGUUCCAACGUCCUCUGGAGCCAUCGUUGUCAGGAAGUUGACGCGACCAACAGACAAACAAGGUGGAUGCCCUUACAACACACAUGUUGCGAACGUUGCUGGCACAACCCGGAAACUCCAAUUUGCGAACUCUGCCUUGCCGAUAAUACUCCGGCUCAGCUUCGAUCGGGAACUUUACUCGUCCGAGCCGUCGUGGAGAAUCCCCCCAAACUGCCGAAUAAAGAUGUUUGCGAGUACUUGGAAAUGGAUCCCGCUGGAAGCCUGGCAAUUGAUCAGCAACGCGCUAAACGGAUACAAGUCUACUACAAUACGACUAUCAAACCGGAGCCCCGAACUAAAAACAUUGAAGAAUCAAACCGUGCCAAUAAAGACAAGAUGAUUGGCUCGACUUCUUUCAUCAAAUCCUCUUGCGCCUCGCCUUGUUUGUCUCGUCAAAAGAAAAUCAUCAGAUGGCGAAUCAUGAAGAAAUAUCGACUCUCGUUACGCAACGUUGUGCAUUCCACCCAGCAGCAACUACAGCAACGGAAACUGAAUGAAACGGGAUCGACCGACUUUCCAGCAGAACGUCUCACACUAAGGGACCAAAUAGUUAGCGAAUUCCUCGCAUCACCUAUUGAAUACUGACUCCGACUCGUACUGCGUUAACGAAGUGAAUUCAUAAACAAUGCUACCUGAUUUUCCUCCUCGAGGACCACUUAAAAACAUCGAAUAAUAGUGAUGUGUUACCAAACAUUCGUCGUCAACGUGUGCCCUAACAUUUCGACGGAAGGAGUGACACAAAAGGGUGGAUGGAUCAAAUGCAACAGCAUGGACGACGAGUAUUCAAAGCUUCUAGUCAACGCGCUCUGAAAACCAGUAAUUGCCUCUUAAACUAACAUGUACUUCAAUCCAAAUGAAAAAUCGACCAAGUACCAAAGACUCACCCCAUCCCACCUGUUCCCUUAGCGUUAGUGGUGUCCAUUUAAACAACUCCUAAUUACUGGUGUCUCCAUUUUUGGUUUCAUUUAUCUUCGACCUUUCUGUCAUUCUACCUCCGGAUACAUCCGCAAUCGUUGAAUACCAGUGCUUUGUAUGUUUAAUUUAAACCAUUUUGGAUGUCGAUGUUUUCGAUAAGCUCUUUUGAUCCUUCAAAAGUCUUCGUCACACAUUCCGUCGUGCCGCUUUUCAGUCCACAUGACCAGAUCGGCUUUACUUGCAUAUCAACGUACUUAUUAGUUUUUGUGACGGCAGCUCAAAUUGGUUCGCACCUCCGUUUUGUUUUUGGCUUUGACGGCUGUUGUAUUCCUCGAUAGCGCGAUCCUCAAUGGCUAAGCUACAAAUAUUGCCAUGGGGUUUCAGUUGGCUUUAUUCAGUUGGUGCACAAAGAACGAGGCGAUAAUAAUAGACGAAGGAAAUGAAGGGGCGAUUGAAAACAGGUUGAGGUAAUCUUGGUUCGGUAAGCGCAUUUGUGUUAAGCUCUCUGUGUUGUUUUGUUUUUUUGUUUUUUUGCGUAAUGCAUUGUACAUAAUUGAAACCGCUGAUAUUUAUUUAUUCAAAGAAAGGGUAGUAGUUUUAGCAUCUUGCGCUGAAAUUAAUGCUCUUCUUCAUGUAAAAGUGACUAAAGAGGUAUGGAGCCCCACCUUCCUCUUGAUUAAGACGCUCAAUUCGUUUGGGUACCUUGACAACGUUUGUUUUAAAAAAAGCAGUCGUUCAUAAUUGGAAGUUUAAAUGCAAGUGUCAACUCAAUAUGCAGUAUAAACAAUAUACAUGGAGCUUAGCUUAUGUUUUGUGACGAGUAUUUCCGCAUUCUUGAUUGUCAAUGUAACUGUCAAAAUGGAAUGCUUAUGUGGGGACUCGCAAGAAAUAGACUUGUGUAUUUUUCUUGCAA